UACUGAUGCGUGUCGACGUCAGUGAAUACUUGAAUAGAUAUCUCCUAGACGUGUUCAGGUGUAGCACCUGUCAACUACCUGGAGUGAAACCUGUCUUACUACAUAUUGGAGAGAAAGCUUACGAGAGAAAACAACGCUCUACCCGCUGACAGAGAGACACAUCAGUUAACAUGUCAACCGCAGGAGUCGAGUUGAAGACCGUGAAACCUCUGGGCCACAAAAAUGGCGACGCUGACUCGGCCCUAGGGAGUAGCGUGGGUGUGGACAAUGUCGCCCUGAAGCUGGAGGACGAGGCCACCACCAAUGACAAGACUCAGAAGACAACGAACGGCGUCCCUGCCCCGGCGGUUGAGUUUGAACAGACUACAGGAUUUGUUUACCAUCUUCAGACGUCUGUACGGACCACGUACAAUACAUACAAUAAUGGCAUAUGGACUUGCGUUAACGUCAUACUGCUGGUGUUAUACUUCAUCUAUUUCGGAUUCGCCAUGGCACACGAGAAGUUCGGGGACGAGGGUUCGAUUCGACUGCUUGUUUGUACGAUUCUAUUUGUGAUCGGGCUGUGCUUGCAUUUCUUGUUCAAACACUACGGUAACACAAUGAGGAUGCCGAAAAUUAAUAUGGACCCGGACCGCAAAGAGAAGAUUCUCAAAAUAGGUUACAUCGCCAUUGUCGCAGCAAUUGUUAUCUUUAUCAUCGUCUACAUAAUUGCUGUAGUUGCAAUUAACAGCCCCGACAAUCUCAUCAGUUUGACAGGCCUCGUCUUCUUUGUGUUCGCUUUCUUCAUCUGCUCUCGAAAUCCAGCCCAGAUUAAAUGGCGUCCGGUGUUUUGGGGACUUGUUAUCCAGUUCUUCUUUGCUCUUCUGAUUCUGCGCUGGCCCUUCGGGUACCAGGCUUUUCUGUGGCUCGGGGAUCGCGUAUCCGAAUUUCUGGCCUACUCCGACAAGGGCGCCAUCUUUGUGUUCGGGGACAAAUACACAGAUCAUUUCUUCGCCUUUAAGGUGCUGACUGUGAUCGUGUUCUUCAGUACAGCUGUCUCUGUGCUUUAUUACAUUGGUGUGAUGCAGUUUAUUAUCCGUUAUCUGGCCCGUUUCAUGUCUUCUGUCAUGGGAACCUCUCCUACCGAGUCUCUGAAUGCCGCUGGAAAUAUCUUCAUCGGACAGAGCGAGGCACCUUUACUUAUUCAACCAUUCCUGAAGGAUAUGACAAAUUCGGAGCUUCACGCUGUUCUGACAGGAGGGUUCGCCACUAUAGCCGGAAGUGUCAUGGCGGCGUACAUAGCGAUAGAUGUGCCCGCUAACCAUCUCUUGUCCGCCUCUGUCAUGUCCGCACCCGCCGCCCUGGCUAUGUCCAAGCUGAUAUGUCCGGAGACUGAGGGAAGCAAGUCUGACCCCGAGAAGGUUUAUAACAUGGAGGCGAGCCCAGAAAGGAAUGUUAUCGAAGCUGCUUCAAAUGGCGCCUCCCAGUCCAUCAAGCUGAUAGCAAACAUUGCUGCGAACCUGAUUGCCUUUAUUGCUGUUUUGGAGUUUAUCAACGCUACGCUUGAUUGGUUCGGUUCACGUGUAGGACUGGAGGAACCUGACUAUGAAAGAUUGACAUUUCAAGUAAGUUCGUCAUAACAUCCUCGUGUCAUUACUAAAAUGAUUAUUCAAUGAUGAUGUAAGUAACUUAUGUUAAGCGGGCCACGUAGAGGGAACCAAAAUAGCAAGGAUACUAUUGCUUCUAGGUAGGUCUCUAACGGAUUGCUGAGCACCAAUGACAUAGCCUUUAUUGUUGACACAUUACAAGUAUCCCCGGAGAUACAAGAGAUACUGCUGCAGGUCACAUCUGAACCCUACUACACUGUGUAUCAACAUUUAUGUAAACAAUCCUGUACAAUGUUCAGAUAGUAAUUGAUACAAUUCGCACAUAUUUCGUUCUACCAAACCUGCAAUCUUUCUAUGUUGACAGCCUUGCCAAUUUUUCAAAUCAGUUUUAAGAUUCAUCUUUCAGAAUAAUAGUUGCGAUAAUUCGUUUUCUUAUAAUCUGUGGUUAGGACAAAAAGAUGGCGUUAACCCUGUAUGAUGCAGUGUAAUUCAUUUUUGGCAUACUGUAUCUGUUACAAACUUUUCGAAGGUGCACUUACCUGUGUGUGCGUUACGUUCAUCUGUAUGUGUGUGAUACGUUCAUCUAUCUGUGUGUGUUACGUUAAUAACUUUAU